CCCCGCCCGUCCCCGCCGCCGCCGCCGAGCCAGAGCCGCCAUGGAGGUGUUCAUGAAGGGCUUGUCCAAGGCCAAGGAGGGGGUGGUCGCCGCCGCCGAGAAGACCAAGCAGGGGGUGGCCGAGGCAGCCGAGAAGACCAAGGAGGGGGUCCUCUAUGUCGGGAGCAAAACCCAAGGCGUGGUGCAAGGCGUCACCUCAGUGGCUGAGAAGGCGAAGGAGCAGGCGUCCCAGCUGGGCGAAGCGGCUUUCUCCGGCGCCGGCAACAUCGCGGCUGCCACGGGGCUGGUCAAGAGGGAGGAAUUCCCCGCGGACCUGAAGCCGGAGGAGGUGGCCCAGGAGGCUGUUGAGGAGCCGCUGGUUGAGCCGCUGCUGGAGCCAGAGGGCGAGAGCUACGAGGAGCCCCCGCAGGAAGAAUACCAGGAAUACGAGCCAGAGGCAUAAUGGACCCCCGUCCUCGCCUCUUCCACCAGCAGCACAACGAACCGCCGGUGGCUCUCUGCUCCUCCCCAGCCGGCCCCGGCUGGAGCCCGGGUGCCGGGGAGGGUCAGCGGCGCCGCUGCCCCGUUCGCUCACGAGUUCUUCCUCCAGUUCCGUUCCAAGGGACCGUGUCUGUGUCUCCGUGUCGUGUCUAGCCGUGAGAAACCCGUUGUGCCCAAGCCCCGGAGCCCCGGUGCGUGCCCGAGCCGUGGGCGCUGCCCGCAGGGGCUGGCGUGCGUGCGUGCGUGGGUGCGUGUGUCCGUGAAGCCCGGGCUUGUCGCCCUGGGUCCCUCCCAGCGCCAUAAGCCCCGGCGGUGUCCUGCAGCGUCUGUGUCUGUAUGGAGCAUGUUGACCCGCUCGCGGGCUGCUGUACAUUUGGCUUGCACGCGUGUCCCUGUGGUUCUGCUCUAGUAAUCGUGGAACGACUUUAUUUUUUUUUCUUCAUUUUUUUUUAUAUCUACCUAUCUGUCUAUGGGUGGACGGGUCUUUUGCCUUUGUGAGCCCUUGGCACCUGGGCCCGCUCCUCCAGCGUGCUGGGCGGUGGCGGUGCCCGCACCCCCCCGGGUCCCGUAGUGCCGACGCUGUGUUGUGACGUGGCAUGGAUAUCCCCCACCCCGUCGCUCGAUGUGCAAUAAGAGCGCAGCCGCCUGCGACACGGCUGCCCCCCUGUCCGUGAAUAAAGCCAACUCU